GAGAUUUGACGAGGCUUGAGUGUUUUGUUUUGGUUUGCUGGUGGGAAGUUCGCUCAAGGAAAAAUAUUGAUAUCUCUUCGCAUACAUUUUAAGAGAACUGAACGAGGAACACCGACCGGAUUAACCUUUAUGGACUUCUUGAAGAUAUGCUUUUGUUGUUUGGAGCGAGUCAAUACAGUCGUACAGAACUGAAUGAAUACUGUUAUUGAUUAUUAAAUUGGUCGUUGUCUGUGAUGGAAUCGAAACCCGUUCCCGCGAAACUGAUCAACGCCGCGCCUCCAUAUGGACAUAUUCUCACUAAUGAGAAGUGGAGGGGCUCAACACUUGUGCAGUGUUUUAAAGGGAGUGUGAAGACGAUCUUUGAAGAGGAGCUGGGCAUUGUGGACUUCUGUCUGAGCAAUAAGACUUGUGUCCUCUAUGUGUCAGAGAGUGAUCAGGUGGCAGGAAACAGCUACAGGAGGAAGAUCGUCCGGUUUAGAAAUGCUAACAGUGGUCUGCAUGGUAUUGUGAUUGUGGAAAAGACUCAUCUGAGUGAGCAGUACUUCAGCGGGCUGCAGAGGUUUGUGGUUUUGGAGUUGGGUCUGACUCUACUGCCCGUGUCCAACGCUGCUGAAGCCGCACAGCUCGUAGCACAGCUGGUUCUUGGAGAGAACAAAGAGAAUCCGUUCCGCAGGAGAAGUUUGUCCAGACUGCUGGAGCCGGUGGUGUUGAGUUUGGUUCAGCAGAUUCCUGGGGUUGGAAAGGUGAAGGCCAUGCUGCUGCUUCAGCAAUUCCCCAGCAUCCAUCAGCUCUGCAGAGCUUCAGUCCAGGAACUAGAGGCUGUAGUGGGGCAGACAACAGCCCAGCACAUCACAGCAUUCUUCCACAACCAGUUCACAUAGAACUCCACAUCAAAGACUCCAGUUAAACGCACACCCUGGAUUUAUCAUACUAGUUAAACAUGCUCAAUAUAGUUUUGUGUGUUAAACUGCCCCAAUAUAUAAAGUGAUAAAGCACACACAGUAAUAUUGUAAAAUAAGUUGACUUGCUUCUCUUUGAAGCAUUUUGUUUGCCACAAAUUUCAUGAUGAAUGCAUAUUUUAUGUUGUUACUAUCAAAUUCAUGUUUUUGUCUUCUUUUGUUAAUUUAUCUUGACACUUAAGGCAUUUAGCUGACUACUAUUUCAAUAAACCUUCUUCAUGUAUAUGAAAGGAUAAACACAUUCUAAGCUUUUUUCAUCGUCUUUGCGUCAUUGCAGAUUUUGAAGUGUAGCGAAGAACUUUCAACAAUAGGUGGCGCCGAAAACUUGCACUGUGUUCGACCCCUAACCCCUUUUCCAAACUCAAUGUGCAACAGUGGAUUUGUAGAGAGUGUCUCUCUUUGGACUUUUCAAGGCAAGUCAGUUCACUCGACGGCCAACGCUGGAACGCUCCCGGGCAGCUUAUUACUAUAGAUGCAAUCAAGCGGCAAACAAGUGCAGCUCCUAUCUACUUGAAUGGGGAAAGACUGAAAUGUCCAAAACGGUUGUUCGAGAUUACGAUCGAUCAAAGAACAUAUUUCAAAUCAGCUGUAAAAUAUGACAACACUGGUAUCAUGAAUAGUGCUUCUUUAGCUUAGUUCACAGUGGACCCCUACAAUAUUUUGUAGGCAGGUCUAGCUAAUGCGCAUGCGCGUUCUUAGGUUUACUGACUAGCGGUGUCUGUUAUCUAAAAGCUGAUUGGCUCUUAUACCUGGAAGGCAUUACGUUUCUACAUCCGCCAUAUUGACCAUUCCAAUUACUCCCAUUCUUUUUCAUUUACAAAUUCUCCGUCUCAGAUUAAUUAGUCUCUGGUACAGCUUAGAAAAAAGUUCACAAUAUAUAGCAUGCGAGCUUAAGCACACAUAUUUGAAAAUCACACAUCUUAUUUUAUUUAUGUAUAUAUUUUUUUGCUUUUCAGUAAGGUGUUGGCUUUGGUUUUGUCAGUAUGUGCUCAUAAAAAAUAAAGACAUUUUGAGUGUAUGUGGUGAAUCGCACACAAACUGUCAUGAACAUCCCUGGCUCUUAA